AUGCUCUUUCUUGGGUCAUCGAAUACUCCCUCAAAUUCAUCUCUCCCGUCAAGCAUAUCAAGUUCUCAUUUUGUUAAUAACUUUUAUCAUAACAACCCAAAUGGAUUAAUCUUGGGUUUAAACACAGAGAUCCCUGUCCCCAUAACAGGAGUUAAAGGUGCUCCCAACAGUGGCAACUUUUUAUUGCCUGAAAACGAGGUGAAGCAAGGUAAGAAGAAGGGUGAGAAGAAAAUCAGGAAGCCUAGAUUUGCUUUUCAAACAAGGAGCCAAGUUGACAUACUUGAUGACGGUUAUCGGUGGAGGAAGUACGGCCAAAAAGCAGUCAAGAACAACAGGUUUCCAAGGAGCUACUACCGGUGCACUCAUCAAGGAUGCAAUGUUAAGAAGCAAGUCCAACGCCUAACUAGUGAUGAGAGCAUUGUGGUGACUACUUAUGAGGGGAUGCACACACAUCCAGUAGAGAAACCUGCUGACAAUUUUGAGCAAAUCUUGAGUCAGAUGCGAAUUUGCCCUCCCUUUUAAAGUCCUCUUAUGGAUGAAGUAAACUA